AAAAGGAAAAUUAACAAUUUCUUUAUGAAGGAAUUUUGAACCUCCUCAGCUGGAGGGGUAUAGGGGUUUUACAACACUCCCCCCCAAAUUUGGCCUAGCCAUACGUUGGGGAAAUAUGCAUAUCUUCAAUUGACUCUAAACAACAAACAAAAAGUCACUAAAAGACAUAAAUUGAUCGGGUAUACACAUUUUUGUAAGCAACUAAGAAUCUGAGCGAAUGCUGAAAGUUUUAAGUUAAUUGGCAAUUUUAGUGCUGUAUCUCCUAGAAAAUAAAUGCAGAUACUUCCUUGCUCGCAUAUCAAAAAGAAAUCUAUGAAGAGCCUGAUUUCCUGUUGGUCUUUUUAAACAAACUGGAGGGCUGUAACAUUUGUCAGAAGGGCUUGCGAGCGGUGAUUAGUCGUGAAAAAUAUUUGGCGGCCACUUCCUCUGAGCCACCAUGUGGGCCCGUUAUUAGAAUCGCGAUUGUAAUAACGGAAACCGCUGCGUGAAAGCCCUCUGAACACAUUCAAGGUUCAGUUCAGUUCAUCAUUCAUUUUAAAUGCCUUUACAUAAGCAACUUGCAACAUUUUGAAUAGCUACAGUUUACAAAUGUACAAAUAAAUUUGAAAGGAUGCAGGCUAAAUAUUUAUUAUAGAAAAAUACACGACAAGAUAUAUCUGGCACGGCCUUUCAGUUCGAGACGUUGCUAGUGAGUUAAUUCCACCCGUUUCAAAAUAAUAACACUUUGAACACCCAGACGAUGGUCAUUCACUGGAUCUUCCACAACACGAUUCAUUUUGAAACAGCUAACUUACAAGCAAAAUCAUAAAACAGCACUGGCAAAAGGUAAAUGGCCGCGUUAUUAGAAUCCCAGAAGUAAUAACGGGGCUGCUAGGCUCCUUUAUUUCAAGGACUAAGAACAAUUGAAUUUUACGUCAUCGGUGAGUCCCGUGACAAAGACUUUGCUGUUUCCGUUAUUAGAAACGCGAAAGUAAUAAUGAGACCGGGAGCCUCGAACUAUUUUUGAACGAUUUGAAAUACCAUUGAAAAACAUAAUAGGCUUCCUGUGGUUAAGGAUUAGCAGGUAAUUAUCAUCCCCUUCAGAUGAAUAGAGGACAGAUACCAUAUUAUUUCUACGUCAUUGGUUGUGUCUAGCAGACGAAUGCAUCAAACUGAUAAAGACUUUGGAAAAAGUGUUAUUACAGUAAUAAUGGUAAUAACACUGCCCGCCGCCCCUGGGAAAGGGCCUAAACUUACUAGGACAGUUUUUAUUUUGAAAAACAAGAAGAGAACUCCUCUUGAAACGAAAUAAUUAGGUAUAAAAUAUCAAAAUACAAUAUCACAUACCAUUCUUCCACAAUUAUUCGUUGUUCCUGCCUGGCAGCCAAAACGGCGUGAGGAAUCCCGUCUUUAUCUUCUUCGAAAUGAAAUGUUGGUUGCCCGGCAAUGGCGAGAGGCUCGUCUUGAUAUGGCGCAAAACCUUGCAGCCUCACAACACCGUAAUCUUCUUCACCACUAGAACUGCUAGCAGAAUUAUCGCUUCUGCCUGAGUCAUUGGAUGCCAUCGUUUUCGUAAAAAGUUAAUAAAUUCCCAGAGCGUCGAAGUUGUUAUUGAAUGAAGGAUUGACCCGCGUUGCCUCGUCUCGCUGCUUGACUACUACUUGUUACGUCACGACCAACAAGGCGCCAAAUUUAAAAAAUUCACCUCUACUACUAAAUUAUAAAAAACAAGAAAAAAUACCUAAAGUUGAUCUUUUCUGACCAGGAUAGAAACAAAGUGAUCAGAAAAGACAAAAUUUUUAUAAUUUGAAAAAAUGUAAAUUUAGAAUUUUCUAUUGCAUAAACACUUUAAGUUUGAGCUCUUCACACCUAUUUGCAGAUAUCCGUCAUACGCACAAGAAGCAAACUAGAAGUCGUUGACCACAAUCACCAUUGCCAACGGUCACAAAUGAGAAAAUGCAAAUGGGGAGCCUGUAUGGUCAAGAAAAUGGAGCAAAAAAGCUGGACUCUGGGUGGCCAUGAUUGUAAAAACAAGAAGAAAUAUGAUUACAUGUGUCACCUUACAGCCAUGAUUUUAAAUGCAAGAAACAAGGACAGAGACUCAAUGAAGCAGGCAUUUCUCUGCAUUUGUCACAGAAAGAACACCAGUUUGGGCAAGAAGUGUGUGUGGUUUGUGAUGGAGUUCCCUUGUUGUUAAUGAUAUCUAUAAGGAGGGACUUUCUGUCCUCAAAUACAGAUACAGCAAGCUCAAACAAUUCGUCAAAUUGCAAUGCUUCUAAUGUUUCCUAAACCAAAUAUAUAAUGUAUAACUUUAAGGAUAUUAGGUUUGUUAUGUAAUAAAUGAAUUCAAUGUACUUAUGAGCACCAAAACCAAAUCUGCGAAUUCUAUCAACUAAAUCGAACGGUGCCAGAGGAAUACAGGAUGAAAGAAGCAGAGGAAUUUUGGCUUAAUAAAAAGGUUCUGGACAUUCUCUGAAGGUUGCCAUCUUGAUUCGUUGAAGGAUGGUAAAUUUGGAGGUGCAUCCUUAUUUGUUAAACACAUCAAACUUUUAUGUUGGGAUUCACAUUUAGUCUGCUUAUUGUGUUAAUUUGUGCAACAGUCUUGCUGCUUUGGGAGCCAAAACCAAAACACUUCCUACAGUAUGAUUUUAAAUCAACAUAAAAUGAGUAGGUUAUUAAUAUUAUAACGAAAUGUUGUGUGGUUACCUGAUAGAUAAAGAUUCGGAAUUUGAAACUUUUUCAUCUUUGGCACCUUCUUUAUUACUGUUGACGUCAUAUGGAAAUGAAUGGUGGCAAUAUAAGCCUGUAUCUAUGUCUCUUUUUUACACCUGAUUGCAAAGCUAUUUUCAGAUGGGCACUAUUAAUUGCUGAUGCUUGGGUAGCCAUUACAGUGGAUGAAGUGUUGAGAAAAAAGCGCAAAAACAAACAUUAUUACGGUACAAACAUUGAAAUUGAUUGGGCAAGAUUAAGAUGCAAUCAAUGUUUGUUUUUCCCAAUCAACUUGUCCCAAUCUUUUUUAUUAGAGCUGACGUCAGAGAAAGAUCCUUGGCCAAAGUUGCAUUAAAACGCUCGACAAGACCAUCUGUCUGUGGAUGGUAGGCAGUGGUGAGCUGACAUCGUGUGUUCAUAAUUUUGCACACUUCUUUCACAAUUGUUGCUAGAAAGUUAGGCCCUGGAUCGGAUAGUAGAACUCGAGGAGCACUGUGACAAGCAAUAAUUUCAUCAGCGAGAAUGGGAUCCAGUAUACUUCAACAGAAGGCAAGGCAAGGCAAAUGCUUCCGGCCAACAAGUAUAAUAAUCGGAAAUAACGAUAACAUAACGAUUUUCAUCAUGAGUUUCUGGAAAUGGACCAAGAAUAUUCUAUAGCCACUCUGUCUCCUUCCACUGGAAUAGGUAGCAAUGGAGCCUUCUGGUGUCAACAGGGUAUCUUCUUCAUUGCACAAUCAAAACAACAGUUACACCAAUGUUCAGUAUCAUUGAACAUAUUUGGCUAAUAAUAACGUGCGGGUAUUUUGGCAAAAGCUUUUGUGAUACCAAGGUGACUGUGCAAUAAUCAUGACUAAAACAACUAGAACUUAAUGAAGGUAUAAUGAAGCUAGAAUGACAACUUGUACAUGCAAUUGUUGAACUUGACGAUUACCUGGACUCAAAAAAUGGCAAAGAAUUCCAUGUUCAUUUAAGGGACUGGUCAUUAUUUAUGGCCGGGGUUGGGGCAGAAGAGAAAAUGGUUGGGUAAUGAAAAUAUUGGACCAGCUUUUGAUUGGGUAGUGGAUAAAUAAUGCCUAAUAAUGGUUGCGUAAAGAAAAAGUGAUUGAGUACAAUUAUUUAUUCAAAAUGCACAUUUUCGAAAAAAAAGAACUAUCUACCUGACCUCAAAUACAUUAAUGCAACAAAAUUUUAUUACCAACAAGACACUGAACAUUUUCUCAGAUGAAAAAUAUCUUUUAUAAUAUUUCACAAAUGUCUAGAAAAUGUCUUGUUAUCUGUUUGUCAAAUGUUUAUGCUACUCCAUAAUGUCAUUUCAUCACCACUUUCAUCAUCAUCUUUAAUUUUCUUCUGUUUCUUGGCCCUUUGUUCAAUUGCUCGUCUAGCUUUUCUCUUUCUCUCGCUCUGCAAAACAUCUCCCUCUCCAAACCUUUUUUUGCAGUUGAUGAAGAACAUACGCCAUAUCUGCAUCUCUUUAAUCAUUGUUUCAACAACAGAAAGCUCCUCCUCCACAAAUGUCAGCCAUUGCUAGCUUAAAAUCUGGGCUAUACAAUUCUUUUUUUCUGUUGCUAAGUCUGUCUUUUUUUCCCCUGAAGUUUUUAUGCAUUGUAGAAAUAUGGGAGACAGCACGUCAACAUUUCUCCAAUCUUGUACAUUAACUUUUUUUGGAAAUUCUCUAUAUCUGGAGUAGUUGAUAUUUUCUUUUGGUAUCACUCCUUCUUUGUAAGCAUCAAGCCUCUUGGCAGCAUCUUUAACUUCUGAGAGAGACAGCCCCAGCGGAAUCACGCGCUGUCUCUCUAAAUAGGACUUGCACUGUGACUGUUUGGCAGCAAAUUCAGACUUAUAAAGUCCUUCAGUAAUGGAAUUGAAACAAACCAUCCUGUCACUUUUUCUGUUGGGGAUCAAAAACUUUUCCCAGGGCUGACAUUCUUCUUUUAAUGAUUUUUCCCAAACAAAUUUACCGCCACUGAUAGAUAAAGCUGCAAAGAGAAUGUUACAAACACUUCAGCAUUACAGUAGACUCCAGUUAUAGUAACAUCAAAUGUUGCUUGAAAAGAUGUAACAGUAGAGGCAGAAUGUGACUGUAAACUGGGUUACAUUGAAUAGAGAGUGUAUUUGAGUGUUAAUGUUAUAUGACUGUAAAUGCCAGUGUGCCUCUAAGUCAAGUUGAAAAGGUUUAUCUGUUCUACCAACAAAAGAUUUUAUCAUUAUCAAUCAAAACUGCAUUCUUUUGAUUUCAUGGAUGCCCUUUGAUUAACUAUCACCUCUACAUAUCGGGCAUGCCUGAAGGGAAGUGAAUAGUCAAUUGUGUUUAGCAUCGAGCAUUACAGCUCAGGCCAUUCACUUUAACAAUUUCUUGUUUACAGCGCACAUUUCUUUUCAUUCAUAGCAAUGUAAAAUCAACAGCAGAUACCCUCAAUGCUUGCCUUAUGCACUUGAGAAUUUAGAGGCAAUGAAUGUACAUAUUCGAUGUCAGAAUAUGCACAAAAGUCUCGCUGCGGUACAAUUGCUGUACAUUCAUGUGCAGAUAUCUUUGACCUGGCGAAAGUGGGGAUCUCAGAAACUACAUGUCCGAUUCGAAAAAUUCUAUUUUUAGAGGGUGUAUCUGUAAGAAGGCCAUAUAUGUAUAAAAAAUAUGGAAGGUGGAAAAGGAAAGGAAAUCUGGAAAAGGAAAAUCAUACUCAUUUUUUUGAACCUUGGAAGUUGGAGAAAAAUUUUUGGUUUCUGAACUCCCAGUUGUUGCUGCAUCUUUUUCAACAUUGCUAUUGCUGUUGCUUCCAGUGACAAGAAACCGGGUCAAUGGAGCUUUCCUGAACUUAUACAUAUGACCUGGUUUUCCUGACAGUCUCACUUUAGCAAACAUUUGGGGGCUUUUUUGAAGCUUGAUAUGAACUUCAUCUUAUUCAGCAUAUCGGAUUGUGCACUUGUACCAAACUUCAUGCUAUUAUCAUAACAUGCCCAAUUCUACUGCUAUGCGUCUGCACUAUCAGGAAACUCGAGAAAGCAAGUUGUUUGACAAAACGAAAAGUUUCCACGCCCAUAACUUUUUGCUUAUAGCUCAGAUCACAUUUCUCUUUUUAAAUCUUUUGCUUAGUUUUGCAAGUUUUUCCGAUAGUAUCAUCAGAUUUGAAAAAUUCAAAAAUUGAUAUUGUGCUGACCGUGCUUUUUUCGUGCUUCCAUAAACGCAACUUCCGAUCAUUUGCCUGAAUGUUCCCAGGGCUUAAAAUGAUCAGUGGACUUUACUCUUAUGAUUUUAACUUUAAAAACUUUGGUUACCCAGUUUGCUAGAUUGUUAUGCAAAAUUCCCUGUCUAUUUGGUUUCGGCAAUCAGGGUCGUGUCUUCUGCAUAAUUAAUUUAUUAAUGGUUUUACCAUUUACUUUGAUUCCGAUGUUGUUUUUCAUAUAGCCCUGCGUUUCUUAUAAUAAUUUAUCCAUAUAAGUUAAACAGGUAUGGAGAUAGAAUACUGCCUGGUCUCACUCCUUUGCUGAUUUCAAACAAAUCUGUUGGCCCAUACAUUAUUCGUACAUGCGCUUCUUGUUUUAUUCUAAGUAGAACAAGAACUUUAUAAGCCAUGCAUUUUUAAAGUUGCGAAGAAUAAAACAAUUCAGGAAAGGUACAAAUUUAUUCCGCAGUCAGAAAUACCGAAUAAUAAAAAUAAUAAUAAUAAUAAAUUUAUUUAAAAUUGGCGCUACAUAGCAAUUUACAGUGAAAUGAGCUAAUCCAAGCCAACUGUUAAAACUAUUACAUCAAAUAAAUACAAACGAGAUUAAAUACAUCAAAUUUUAAGUACAUAAUAUUUCAAUCGUAAGAUUUUGCAGGUGCUUUACAUGAAUAUUUACGGAGCCAUAAUUUUCUAGCAGAGUAAUUUUCAUAUUCUUUGCAUGCAAUUCUCAAAGCUCUUUCGUGUAUUCUAUUAAUCUCACUAUUCAAGUGCCUGCUGUGGAACAUCAAGACCAGUGGAAAAUAUUCAAAUUGGCUAAUUAAAAAAGGUCUCAUUAAAAUUUUACGUUUAUUAGCGUCCAUGUAUCUAGAUAUGCGAGCAGGAGAUGAAUUUAUCGAAGUAAAUGAUGUGAGAAUUCCGCCUUUGGGCAAUUGGACAAAUGUAGGGAAGACAGUGAAAAUACCAAUCACUAAUCACUCAGGUAAUUCUGUCAAAGUGAACAAAGGGCAAAAUAUUGGGGCGCUGCAGGAAAUAGAAAAAAUGAUACUACAGGAAGUUUACUAAAGCUGGAUGAAAUCGAAAUUGGAGACCCAUAAAUGAAAGAAGAAGUACAAAACGUUGUGCAGAAAUAUGAUGAAGUGAUGCAGCAGAAACUCAUGAAGCCAACAGAUAUCCCAAUUGUUUAUGAAAUAGCACUUUCAGAUGACAAACCAGUUUCUGCCAUGGCAAGGUGCAUACCGCACAGUCAACGUGAAGAAAAUUGAGAGACAAAUAGAAACGCUGAAAGACAAGGGUUACAUAGAAAAAUCAUACUCGGCUUAUGGACCACCAAUUGUCCCAGUUGUCAAGAAAGAUGGUACUUUGCUCGUGUGUAUAGACUACCGUCAACUCAAUGCAAAAACCAUACCGACUGUGUACCCUAUUCCACGUACUGAUGAUAUUUUGGAUUCACUAAAUGGAGCAAGUCUUCUCAGUUUUGGAUUUAAAGGAUGCAUACCAUCAGAUCGCUAUCAAAGAGGAAGAUCAACACAAGACAGCAUCUGUUGUUCCAUGGGAUUGUUCCAUGUUCCAUGUUCCAUCUUGUAAUCGCUGUGUUUUCUUUUGUGAGGCCAAUGAUAAAUUAAAUUAACUUGACCCUCGACUUCUCUAAUGUAACCAUCUUUCAAGUGGGCAAAUUUUCUGCCCUUGUGAAUGUUUUGGGCUGAUUCAAAAUAACGUUAGUUUUAAGAUCCUCAGUUAGGCCGUUUAUAAAUAUGUUCAUUUUUUCCUUGUCUUGCAAGGCAAGGCUUGAAUUUGUUGAGAAUAUCCUUGGUAUAAACAGUGAGAGGCUCUGCAAGCCCCUGUUUCCAGGAGUAGAGUUCUUGCCUGAAGAGAAAUUCUAAUUUUUGUGCACCAAAACGAUCUCUUAAGACGGUGCAGAGGUUGGCAAAACUUCCAGUUUUUUCAUCCGGUAAUGUUUGGUACCAGUCUAAUGUGGGGUCUUCUAAAAGCAAGGUUGGUGCACCAAGUUUUCUGGCAUUCGACCAAUUAUAAAAUUUCGAAAAAAUUUUCAAAUUUUUCAAGCAACUCAUUUACAUCUUCGGAGGGAAGAGGGCUAGAAGAGCAGGUUUGAAUAGACUGGACUGGAAUUCCCCUCUAUACCAGCUUGAACUGCGGUCAACUGAGUUUGCAGUUCUUGAACCAUUGCUUCCAUUUCCAUUGUUUAACAAAACACUUUUACACGAAUAGGUCAGAAUCCCGAAAUAGAAUGUUUAAAUAAGUCUGAUGCAAGAUGAUGUCUUUGUUUGGUGUGAUUUCCUAGGAAAAGCCUUUUAGCAUAUUGGUGUUUAAAAACCUUUAGAGAAACUUGAAGUUUUAGAAUCAACAAAACAAGACAAGAAUUUGAAUACUAAUCCUAACCUUGGUUUGUUAAAGAGAAUUUUUUGAGUAAAUUUAACCCAAUUUAAAGUCACUCGUGUAAACAACUUCUCAAUGGCCCUCUUGAAAAAAAUGUUCUAAAAAGGAAUGGAUAGAAAGAUUAACAUUUUUUGGGUGAUAUAUCUAUUCCAUACCAUCCUUCAGCAAAUAGCAUCCAGUUUUUUCUUGGUGGCGCUUGGAACAGUUUUUAAAUGUCAAGUUUAAGUUUUCAUGCUGUGGUGCUUCAUUUGGUUUUCUAUAAGAGUAAGUUUGACUUUGCAUAAAUCCAACCAUCUAGUUUGUCUGAAGAGAUCAGACUUUUACUGUUUGAUGAAUGACAAUCCAACUUUUCUCUCACUUGAAGCGAGUUUGACAAGUGAAUAAAUUUGCACAAGAAAGAAAUAUUCUGACAGUGAGAUUCAAUGAAAUCCUCCUUUAAGGAACGAGACAUACUUUUUUGUACUUAUUUUUGAGAAAAAAGACUCAUUCUGUUAUAAGACGUUUAAUUUGUAACUGUUUCAUUCAUAGCUAGAUUUGUUUCAAUAAUUUGUUACAAUUUUACCCCUAUUUAGAUUUGUAUGUUGGUUGAAUUUCAAGUAAACAAUGAAUUGAAAGAAAACAACUUUUGAUUUGUUCUGUAAACUCUUGGUCAUCAACUUGAAAUUUCCAGAGAGCCAGAGAGGUGAAAGUGUGAACUGCAACCAUGCAUCUGGUACUUUACUGAACAAAGACUUGUUUCGUUUAGCUAUAAAGGUAAGGUUCUAGCAUCCAUAAGUAAAACCUUAUUUAUUGUUACAUUUAAUUAUAAAGAUGGCUUUAAAAAAAGCAAACAUUUUACAACAUACUUAAAGCUUUUUCGUCUGACACUCCUCAGAGCAUAAAACGUCAGAAUAGGUUCCGAAAAAACACGAUGGAAAAAUAUAUACCCAGUUGUGGAUCGAAAUAGGCCAAUCAGAAAAACGCAAGCACAAGACCGGUAUAGUUGACCAAUCAGUGCCGCGAGCCUAAAGAAAAAUUACCAAUGGAGUCCAAGAGAGAAAACGAACUCCUUUUGUCUAGACAAUGGCGGCUUUUUCGUUUGAUCAACUAUAUCAACUGAUUGGUCAACUAUAUUGAUCAACUGAUUUGAUCAACUGAUUGGUCAACUAUACCGGUCUUGUGCUUGCGUUUUUCUGAUUGGCCUUUUUUUCUAUUAAACUUGCAUGUCUUUUUGCAUGAUGAAAAUCUACAUUUGAAAAGUCCAUCAGGUGUCAUAGGAUUGCAAAUUUUCAGCCAAUCUUCGUACCCCUGUCUUUUUUUCAAUUCAAGAAGUAAGACAAAGAAGUGAGGUCUUUUGAUGUUAGACAAACCAUAGUAAAUAGAAAAGGACUGGUACGGCAACAUAACAAAGGGGCAUUCAAAUCAGCAUUGUUCUCAAAUGAGAGGUUGAAACGCACCGUCACGUGACGCGAAAGUGCACAGAACAUCAUGGAGGUUACUAACGAGCUAUAUCUGAUGGGGGAAAACUUCCAAAUUUACUUUGACAUGUUGGAUGAGGAUGAAGAUUUUCACGUCAUUUGAAGAAUUGGCAAACGAGGUUCAGCCUGGUUUAUUUUUAUGCACCACAUGCAACAAAGCUUGCAAAAGUAAAGGAGGUCUAACCAGACACAUUUCUUCGAAACAUGGGAGCACUAGGGACAGAUCAGAUGAUGACAUGGAACUAGUUGAGGAUACAUGGAUAUUAACAGCAUCAUCCUUGGUAGAAAUUGGGAAGGAAACAGCAGUUAAGCUUUCAAAGAACAUGUGCUAUCCAAAACCAAUUCGUGAUGAAUUUGUCCAGGACAUUAGUAGGGAAGUUGCACCAGAAAAUCUAAUUGAGCUGCUUCAUAGUCUUCAGCCAAUUUGUAGUCUCCUUACUAAGUCUCAUGCAAAGGUGGAGAAAUUUUUUUCUGAGUUUUACCUCCACAUUGUGAAACAUGCAUCAACAUUUUUUCCAACAUUUUCCCCAAAGGUUGCUACUUUGUUUGCAAGUAGUAUGGCUGUCAAUAUUUUAAAUGUGUCAAGAAAAUGUAAUACUGAAGAAGAAAGACAUGGUUCUUCAAGCCUUCCAAAAUCUGAGCAACUUUCAGGUAAAGAGAUUGCUGGUCUGCAGUACCUUGGGGGAUAUAUUUUCAGAAAUCUUCAUAAGAAAAUAUCCAAUUCAGGUAAAUGGAAAACCAAGGAGGGGCAACAAAUACUAUCUGUCCUUGAAGCUGCAAAGCAAGAUAAGGUUCCAGAGUCUGAUACGCUUGUUACCUGCUUAAACCGAGGAGGCCUAUGGAGUAUUUCUAAUGCAGCACAAAAUAUGCUUAGAAAAGCAGAGUUUCAUUUCAAACACUGCAGUGUGCAGUUAGGAGCAGACCACGCACCACAAUUCAAACGCAAGAAAAUUGUGGAAAUGUGUAUGCAGGACAUGGAAAUAACUUCCAAUUUUCAAAAUGUCCUUGGCGAGUCUUCACUUCUUAUUGAUGCAGAACUUGCUGAAGAUGUUUUCCACUCAAUCCUAGAUCUCUAUGUUAGAGUGAGAUGCUAUACCUACUGCAAAGGCAUUGUGGACAAAUAUAAAUCUAAAGGAAAAUUGUCAAAGGCAAAGGGACUGCGAAAAGAAAUUAAAAAAUCUUCAAAUCAAGCAAAUCAGACUGUGAUGUCUUAAAGCAAAUUAAGUAACUUCAACUAUAUCUUUUGAACUUAGUAUAUACUUUAUGCAAGUUUGUUUGAAAAAUUGCACAUCAGUUUUUACACAUUUGAUAUAAAUCUUUUUCAGUUGGAGACAUUAUUCAUCAUCUAAACAACAAUGGACAUAUCUAGAGUCCAUAAUAAAAAGUGAAAACAUGGUAUUGAGAAACCUUACUUUCAUUUGAUAGAAACAAUUUUCAUUAUCUGUUUGGUAGAAGGCAUACAAUGAAAUUUUUAAAAAUUAAUUGUAUCAAAUUUCCAAUUUCCCCCUAAAUAUGGCCUUACUUUUUAGUAUUUUCACGGUUUAUAAUACACCACAUAAACAAUAGGCUAAAGAAAAAAUUUUCAGAUUUUCUCUUUUCAAAUUUUUUCAAAAAAGUUAUCUUAUCUAAUGCUAUCUUAACAAAUGUUACCAUAAAUUUAUCUGCACUAAUUAUAUCAAACUUAUCAAACAGGUCACAUUAGAUCGACUGGAAAGGUAUAUUAAAGGUUCUAUGUAAAUGUUAAUUUUCAACAACUAUUGUUCAAGCAUGAAUCAUUCAUUGUCUCUGUCAUUCCUUCUUUGUCCUUGCCUUUUUGGCAGACUAUUCUCUACGACAUUCACCCAUUUUUUGCCUGCUUUCCCAGAAUUUGAGCCUCUUGUAUUGCCAGUACCAAGUCCUAUGUGCCUCUGGAUUCUAAUUGUGUUAUCAUUGUAGCCAAAUGCAACAAGAUCAGGGUUGUCACACCUCCUUCCCAAGUACCUCUGGCUUGAAAAAUAUUCUUCUACUGGGUCUUGGCAAAACCUCUCUGAAAGGAUAUACUCCAUUCCUUCUUGCAACAGGAAUUUACAUGCAGCAAUUAAAGAAUGGACUGUUAUUUUAAUGCCUUCAAAAGUCUGUCUUGAGAUGAACAUUUUAGCACGAGCAUUGUCAGUAAAAGGGCCUUCGCGCUCUUGAACAUUCUUUUCCCAUGCUUUUAAGUAGCCUAAAAAGUCAUCUUCAAGAAAUUUGAAUCUACAGUCAUUCAAAUCUCUAUAGGGGGCAAGAAAUGGUUUUUUUUUCAUCAAAUGCUCUUUCAUACUCCUUACAUUGAGGCAGUCGAAGAAACUGUCAAACAUUUUGCAAAACCUUGCUGUUUCACAAGCAUCAGUUGGGC